AUGGCCGAGACACCACCCAAGCAACGACCCCGUAGUGGCACGCUAUGGGCUUUUUUCACUCUGCUACUCCUCCUGUUCGCUGGCGUCUACGAGCGGGACAGCCCCCCUGCCGGUUAUAUCUCGAACUGCGAUGCUACGGCCGAGUGCGGCGAGUUCGCGAAGACUCCGGGCCAGGCUUAUCCUUUGAAUGUUUGCUACAGCGAGUACGGCUUCUGUAGUACAACCGAUGAAUUCUGCAACGACGACUGCCAGAGUAACUGCGACCUACACCCGGACCCUCCUGCAGGUUCUGCCUCUGCGGGGGUGCUCGAGAACAAAGUGAUUGGGUACUACGAAUCCUGGUCCGCGCGCAAGGACUGCCACAAAGUAUCUCCCAUGGAUUUGCUAUUGGAUGCGCUAACCCAGUACGUAUUUCCGUCCUCUAAGAGCAAAGCUACCCCGCGUACUGAUACCCUCCUAGUUCUGUUCGAAGAUACGACGAGUGUGAAGGCUGUCAAGGAACAAAUCAAGAUCUUUGUGAGCAUCGGUGGCUGGACAUUCUCCGAUAAUGACACAUCAACGCAGCCACUCUUUGGCGAGAUUGCGGCUGACCCUAUAAAACGGACGACUUUCGCGAACAACGUAGUGCACUUUAUGAAGCAGUAUGGAUUCGACGGCGUGGACCUGGAUUGGGAGUAUCCGGGAGCUCCUGAUAGAGGCGGGAACCCCGAGGACACUGAAAAUUACGUGUUACUUUUAAAGACGCUCCGCGAGGUGUUUGAUGCCAGCGGCGGUGACUACGGCAUUACAUUUACAGCACCCUCGUCGUACUGGUAUCUGCGUUGGUUCGACCUUCCUAGCAUGGUUAAACAUGUUGACUGGAUUAAUCUCAUGACAUAUAACCUACACGGUGUCUGGGACUCCACUAAUCCCAUUGGCAGCAUUGUACAAGCACACACCAACCUGACUGAGAUUAAACUAGCAAAUGAACUCUUCUGGCGGGUUGGUAUCCCGCCGGCAAAACUAGUAAUGGGAUUUGGGUUCUAUGGCCGGUCGUUUACACUCGCAAACCCAGACUGCACGAAACCCGGAUGCCCAUUCAGCGGCGCAUCGAGCCCAGGACCCUGUUCCGCGACCGGUGGCAUCCUCACGUACUACGAGAUCAUAGCCGCGCUGAAAGACGGGUCCGCGUCCAAGUCCAAACGAGCCGCCAUCACGCCCGUCCAUGACAAGGACGACGCCGUCAAGUACUUCAUCUUUGACGACGACCAGUGGAUCUCGUACGACGACGAGACGACCUUCAAGCAGAAGGCAUCGGACCAGGAUACGGACAAAUACGAUGGGCACGCGGCAUUGAUCCAGCGAGACAUCAUAACCAACCCGACACUCCAGAACAUCGAGAAGGCCCUGUCGAACCCCAGCGCCGUGAUCGAUAACAUUGGCGCCUUCAACGGUCAGAAGUGCUUCCAGUAUAAUGGGGACUGCAUCGACCUAGAUGAUAACUCGGCCAUGGCCGACGCCUACGGGGCCGGAUUUACGGUCGUUGGCACUGCGGAAAGCCCGUAUGCUGUCCCACCAGCAGCGCCCCCAAGAACUACAUCUGGCGCGGCGACGACAACGGAGGCGGUACCGGCGCGGACUGCAGUGCCCAGUGCAGAGCGGGAAGCCGGUAGCGGCGGCGGAGACUGUGCCAAUGCUAAUUAUGGCGAGACGGAAGUCGAGGUUGACCGAUCCACGUAUAGAGACAAGGGGACAGGGUAUGAUUGGGGCCGUCAACAGGCCAUAUGCUGCACAGUGACGAAGGCUCCGAUCAAAUCAGCCACCUGCAGCGUCGACCUGUGCACCAAAACCCUAGGCUACUGUCCAGCCACCGAGAACGACGGGGGUUCUAGCUCAAGCGCUACGAGCAAGCGAGAUCUCACCCUCCUUUCUACCCAUGGGCAUACAGCAGCCCACACGUCCCUACAGCCGCGCGCUGGUAGCAAAACAUAUUACAUUAAAAACUUCCGACUGAUAUCCAUGGCCUACCCAAGCUCGCUGGCACUGCUAGCCUUCCCACCAAUCCUACAGGUUCUACGGGAAUGGUUCCGGAUAGACCAAGGGCCGUAUCUAGGCCGCAAUAUCGAGUACGGAUACUUCUCGACCCACGGCGGCUCCCCCAACAUAACAGGCCUAGAAGUCGAGCACCCGAUCGACCGCCAGGUGCUGGUGUCAUUCUUCAACACGGUGAACACCCAGCUCCUCCCGUCCGGUCAAUUCUCGCGAUUUACGGCCAUCGAUGGCGAUACACUACGCAGUGUGCUACACGCCGAGAACGAGGCCCUAGCCGCACGACCGCCUGUCCAAGUCAAUCCGGAUGGAGUUCCCGUCGGUGUUCAGCCCGACAGCGCGAAUGACCGGCUCUUUGAAGCGCUCGGCUUAAACGACUAUCCCUACCCGUUUUCGCUACUCGAGAAGCAGGUCAACGCGGCUAAGGGCCGUCUUAUGGGAGGCAAGGCGGCCACGGCUGUAGAGACGGUGCGCACGGACGCAAAAAAGGCACUCGAAUCUGGAGAGGACAUAGACAUCAAUAAAAUGCUGCAGGAUGUUAGAAUAGGCAUCUCAAUAUUCGACUAUCUAAACGAGGCAGAAGCGGGGUACGUCGAACAAGACGUCCCCCAGCUCCCGGAUCUCGCCGCCCGAUGGGAGGAGUUUUUUAACGACUUUAUGCAGACACGGCAGGAGGAGGCCUAG